UUGGACAAAAUUGUAGAAGUAUAAAAAACACGCGGCCCGGUCCGACCAGACCAGACCACGCACGCUGUACAACAGUACAAGUGCCCAACGUUGGAAUUCUCAGCUCUCUCUUAUGGCACGAUUAUAAAAAUUUCCUUUCCCUUUCGGUAAAUAUUCUCUUUCAUUGCACUUGAUUAUGAAUUUUCUUCCUCUGUUGCCUCGUUUUGUCAUUGUCCCAAUUUCAGGUAAGGUUGGCAUUGCGUGAGUGAUUUUUUUUUCUCUUUCCCCUUUCUGCAAUUUUCUGCCCUCAAUUCAAGCGGCAAACACUGAAACAGACACAAGGAAAUAAUGGAUACAAUUAAUUCAGAGGCAACUACUAGUGGAGAGGCUACCACAGGCUCAGGUGAUCCGAGAGAGCAGUGGCGGAUGCAGCUGCAGCCUGAGUCACGACAAAGAAUUGUCGCCAAGAUAAUGGAUACACUGGAAAGGCACUUGUCCCUACCCGUUCAGGGUCAAGAAGGAUUAAUUGCACUCAGGAGUUCUGCUGUAAGGUUCGAAGAAAAGAUGUAUGCUAUUGCAACCAGCCAGUCUACGCUUGCAAGGGAAAGGCCAGCCAUGGAGACAGGUGACUGGAGAACCCAAUUGCAGAGUGAUUCCCGACAAAGAAUUGUGAACAAGAUAGUGGAUACUUUUAAGAAGCACCUUUCAUUUGGUGGGGAAGAGGGGUUAAAUCAACUCAGAAAAAUUGCUGUCAGAUUUGAAGAAAAGACUUAUACUACAGCAAGUAGCCAGUCGGAUUAUCUAAGGAGAAUAUCUUUGAAGAUGCUUACUAUGGAGGUCAAGUCUCAGAACACUGCAAACAAUUCUGGCAAUUGUAGCAAUCUCCGUGAUCCAGGUUCCCAGAGCAUGCAGUCCCAUUUUCAUAGUCGAGGGCUAUCACAUCCUAUUCCAUUCUCAGGAAGUCAUUUUCAAAUAGGGAAACAGCUGUUUCAACAAAACAUUCCAAACGACACGGUAUCUUCUGGAGUUGAAAGUUCUGCUGGUUUACCAUCUGCAUCACCGUCAAUAUCUGGUUUGACCCACAUUCCCAUCCCCAAUGUUGAUGAGAAUCCCAGCAAGCAGAAGACAUCUGACAUUUCACUGAUUUCAAUUGGCAAAUCAAUUGGGCAAGAUGAACCUUCCGAUAUCUCUCCAAAUUCAUCUAGUCAAAUACAAGGACAGCAAGAGGUGCUUGCCAAACAGCAACCACAAGCUCUUCAACAGCAGUCGCUUUAUCAAAAGCAAUUGCAACAUGCUCUUCUUAAGAAAAAGUUGCAGCAGCAGCAGAUGCCUCCGUUGCAGUCAAUGAUGCCACCAGGCUUUGAGCCAAUAACACCGCAGAUGGUUAUGCAACAGAGGCAGCGGCUGCAGAUGCAGCUACAGAGGCAGCGGCAGAGGCUGUUGCACCAAAUGCAGGAACAGCACCGACUGCAGCAGCAAUAUUUGAACCAGCUUGCUAAGCAGCAGUCACCUGUAAUGAUAAAAACAAAUGAAUUGCCACAGCUGCAUCAGAUGGAUGAUAUAAAUGACAUGAACAUGAGACAGGGAAUAGGCGUUAAUCCUGGGGUUCUUCAAGCAAAUCUCCCAACUGGCCAACUUCCAGCAUCUUUAGAUUCCACAGCUCAAACAGGACAAUGCAAAUGGGGAAUUUGGCAAGAAGAGGUCUAUCAGAAGAUCAAGAUCAUGAAGGAGAUAUAUUUACCUGAAUUAAAAGAGAUUUACCAGAAAAUUGUUGCCAAGAUGAAGCAGCAUGAUUCUCUUGCACAGCAGCCAAAGUCAGAGCAGCUUGAGAAGUUGAAAAUAUUCAAGAUCUUAUUGGAGCGGAUUAUAGUUUUCUUAUCAGUUCCCAAAGCCAGUAUCGUACCCACUUUCAAGGAUAAGUUGAGUUUGUAUGAGAAGCAUAUAAUAAAUUUUAUAAAUGCCAAUAGGCCAAGGCAGCCUGGCUCAGCACUGCAGCAAGGACAGCUUCCUCCGCCUCAUAUGCAUUCCAUGCCACAGCCACAACCUCAAAUUAAUCAGACUCAGUCUCAUGAUAAUCAAAUGAACCCUCAGUUGCAGUCAAUAAAUUUACAAGGUUCUGUGCCUACAAUACAAGCAAACAACAUGACAAGUUUACAGCAUAAUUCUUUGCCUUCUUUACCUGGGGUUGCGACAGAGCAGCAGACCAUGUUAAAUUCACUGCAGCCCCGUUCCAAUUUGGAUGCAGGACAACGUAAUGCCCUAGGCUCAAUGCAGCAGGCUGCUGCAGGACCCUUACAACAGAAUCCUGUGAGUUCCUCCCAACACGCAAAUAUUAACAUUUUAUCUCCACAAAGUGGCUUAAGUGUCCUGCCGCAAAACAUGAAUCCUCUUCAGUCAAAUUCCAACAUACUUCAGCACCAGCAUAUAAAACAACAAUUGGAACAGCAAAUGCUGCAGUCACAAAUGUACAAACAACAGUUUCAACAGUGUCAGAUGCAGCACCAAUAUAUGCAGCAGAAGCCGCAGCUACUGCAACAACUACAGCAACAGCAACAAAAGCAGCUGCAUCAAACGGAUGAUAUAAAUGACGUGAACAUGAGACAGGGAAUAGGUGUUAAUCCUGGGUUCUUCAAGCAUCUCCCAACUGGCCAACUUCCAGGAUAUUCAUAUGAGCAUUCAAAACCUAGUGCCCAGUUUCUUACAUCUUCACCCCUACUCUUUGAGGCUCCAUUUGUCCCACCUACUUCAACCCUGUUGAGUCCAUAUCCCACGCCUGAGAACUCUGAGAAAUCCAUUUAUGGCGCUUCCUCUCUGUCAAAUAACAAAAAUAUUAGUCAGCAGCAAGCAAGAUCUGAAUGCCCUGCACCUGACACACCUGGUAAUGGUAUGUCAACAUCACAUUUGCUUGCAGGGUUCGAAAAUGCUAAUGAUACUCACAGUAAUGCUUUAACAACUGAUUUUGGCAAGUCGAAGGUUACAGAACAGCCCCAUGAUCCCGGAGUUACCAUGGUUAGCGAAGCGUUAUUAAUUUUCAUUUUCACAUGCUCUGUUUUCAAUUUUCUCCUUUGGCUUGAUAUGUUGUUCAUGUGGUAA